GCAAGGUUCUUCGAACCAGGUUGGCUAUGUGACUCCCCAAAUGUCAGUUCUACCUUACAGGUGCUUUAGUUUUUGCUGAAUGCUUUGUGGAACAUGGAAUAAGACAGUGAUGGCAUGAUCAUUUGCUUCUAGAUCGACAAUGAAGCGCUAUGUUUACAUCAAUGAUGAUGAUUUAUCACAAAAUAUUUACUGUGACAACUGCAUAUCAAAUAGAAAAUAUACUUUGCUUAAUUUUCUUCCCAAAAAUCUAUGGGAACAGUUCAGACGUUUCAUGAACCAAUACUUUUUGCUGAUAGCAUGCCUUCAACUGUGGCCCCUUAUCACUCCAGUAAAUCCUGCAACCACAUGGGGCCCACUCAUCCUUAUUUUUGCGGUUUCGGCAGCAAAAGAGGCCUGGGACGACUAUAAUAGAUAUCUCUUAGACAAGCAAGCAAAUGAGAAAGAAGUGUGGGUUGUAAAGCAAGGAGUCAAAAAACUUGUUCAAGCUCAGGACAUUAAUGUUGGUAACAUAGUUUGGCUCCGUGAGAAUGAUGAAGUUCCUUGUGAUCUUGUCUUACUUGGUACUUCUGAUCUACAAGGCGUCUGCUAUGUGGAGACUGCCACGCUUGAUGGUGAAACUGAUUUGAAGACGAGGGUUAUCCCCUCUGCUUGUGCGGGGAUAGCUUCUGAAUUGUUGGACAAAAUCAAGGGCGUCAUUGAAUGUCCAAACCCAGAUAAAGAUAUUAGGAGAUUUGAUGCAAAUUUGAGAUUGUUUCCUCCAUUUAUUGAUAAUGAUUUGUGCCCUUUAACCAUCAACAACACAUUGCUUCAGUCAUGUUACUUGCGAAAUACUGGAUGGGCAUGUGGGGUUGCUGUAUAUACAGGCAAUGAGACCAAACUGGGCAUGAGUAGAGGUGUACCUGAACCAAAACUUACAGCAGUUGAUGCAAUGAUUGAUAGAUUGACAGGGGCAAUAUUUAUAUUUCAAAUAGUGGUCGUUAUUGUUCUUGGCACAGCUGGUAAUGUGUGGAAGGAGACGGAAGCACACAAGCAAUGGUAUGUUUUAUAUCCAAAUAAAGGUCCAUGGUAUGAGCUACUGGUCAUCCCUCUGCGGUUUGAGCUUCUGUGUUCCAUUAUGAUCCCUAUAUCUCUCAAGGUAUCUCUAGACCUUGUUAAGAGUUUGUACGCGAAAUUUAUUGAUUGGGACCAGGAGAUGUAUGACCACAAAACUAGCACUCCAUCCCAUGCAACAAACACAUCAAUAAGUGAGGAUCUGGGACAAGUUGAGUACAUCUUAACUGAUAAAACCGGGACUCUUACUGAGAAUAGAAUGAUAUUUAGAAGAUGCUUUAUUAAUGGUAUCUUCUAUGGAAAUGAAAGCGGUGAUGCCUUGAAAGACCCAUUGCUGCUCAAUGCUGUUGCUGGUAACUCUCCUGAUGUUAUUCAUUUCCUCAUGGUUAUGGCAAUAUGCAAUACCGUGAUACCUACAAAAAGCAAAAAUGGAGUUAUUAUCUAUAAAGCACAAUCCCAGGAUGAGGAUGCUCUUGUUCAUGCUGCCGCUCAUUUGCAUAUGACUCUCAUCAAUAAGAGUGGGAAUAUUCUUGAAGUCAAUUUAAAUGGCUCGGUCAUUUCAUAUGAAAUAUUAGAUACUCUGGAGUUCACUUAUGAUCGGAAAAGAAUGUCAGUGGUGGUAAAAUAUCGCCACAGUGGGAAGAUUAUCCUAUUGUCAAAAGGAGCGGAUGAGGCAAUUCUUCCUUAUGCGUCUUCAGGGCAACAAAUAAAGGCAUUUGUUGAAGCUGUGGAGCAGUAUUCUCAAUUAGGACUGUUUGAUGAAUAUCAAGAAUGGUCUUUGAUGUUUAAGGAGGCAAAAACUGCUGUGGUUGAUAGGGAGUGGAGACUGGCUGAGGUAUGCCAAAGGUUAGAGUGCGACCUUGAAAUCCUCGGGAUUACUGCAAUUGAGGACCGUUUACAGGACGGAGUUCCAGAGACGAUUGAGACACUUAGGAAGGCAGGAAUCAACUUUUGGAUGCUGACGGGAGAUAAGCAGAACACAGCCAUCCAAGUCGCAUUUUCGUGCAAUUUAAUUUCCCCAGAACCAAAAGGCAAACUUCUGUCAAUUAGUGGGAAAACUGAAGAUGAAGUUUCUGGAAGCUUAGAGAGAGUGUUACUUACGAUGAGGAUAACUACUUCAGAUCCUAAGGAUGUGGCAUUUGUUGUUGAUGGCUGGGCACUUGAAAUUGUACUCAAGCAUUAUCGUGAAGCAUUUACUGAAUUAACAAUAUUGUCGAGGACAGCUAUCUGUUGCCGUGUGACACCAUCACAAAAAGCCCAGCUUGUGGAACUGUUGAAGUCGAUUGACUACAGAACAUUGGCUAUUGGUGAUGGGGGAAAUGAUGUGAGGAUGAUACAACAGGCUAAUGUAGGGGUGGGAAUUAGAGGGAGAGAAGGCUUGCAGGCAGCAAGGGCAGCUGAUUAUAGCAUUGGCAAGUUCAGGUUUCUUAAAAGAUUGAUACUUGUCCAUGGUCGUUACUCAUACAACAGGACAGCAUUUCUGUCCCAAUUUUCCUUCUACAAAUCUCUAGAGAUAUGUUUUAUCCAGAUCUAUUUCUCUUUCAUUUCAGGUGUCUCUGGAACCAGCCUUUUCAAUUCUGUCAGUCUGAUGGCAUAUAAUGUUUUCUACACUAGCAUCCCAGUUUUAGUCAGUGUCCUUGACAAAGAUCUUAGUGAAAGAACAGUGAUGCAACACCCACAAAUCUUCUUUUAUUGCCAAGCAGGAAGGCUUUUGAAUCCGAGCACCUUUGCUGGGUGGUUUGGGAGGUCUCUUUUUCAUGCACUUGUCGUGUUUUCAGUUUCCAUACAUGCUUAUGCCUAUGAGAAAAGUGAGAUGGAAGAGCUGUCAAUGGUUGCACUCUCUGGUUGUAUCUGGCUACAGGCUUUUGUUAUGACACUGGAGACCAAUUCCUUCACAGUCCUGCAGCAUCUUGCAAUUUGGGGGAAUUUGGCUGCCUUUUAUGUUGUUAACUUGAUUGUCAGCGCCCUGCCAUCAUCAGGGAUGUACACGAUCAUGUUCCGACUAUGCAGACAACCAUCUUAUUGGAUAACUAUGUUUUUGACUGUGGCAGUAGGGAUGGGCCCUUUGCUAGCUCUAAAAUACUUCCGAUAUACCUACAGACCAAGUGCAAUCAAUAUACUUCAGCUGGCAGAACAUAUGGGAGGGCCCAUUUUGUCUCUGGGAAAUAUGGACCCCCAGCCUAGGUCUCUGGACGAAGAUGUUGCACCUUUGCCUAUCAAUCAACCCAAAAAUUGCAGCCCUCUUUAUGAACCUUUACUUUCUGAUUCACCAACUGCUACCAGAAGAUCAACUCCAUUUGAGUUCUUCCUGCCAUCAUCCAGAUUGUCAUCUUCAGCCUAUACAAGAAAUUCUAAGAAUAAUUUUAUGAAAGUUGUUAAACAGCUACAGCAAAAUCAUGUAUAGUACCAAUACCUUUGGUUGCCCAAUGGUCAGAAUCUUCAGAUGACAAUCAAGGAUCAUAAGCUUGGUAAUCAAAGAUCAAGUAAAUGUACUGCAAAGGCCUACGACAUAAUCAUGUAUAUAUUUUUGAGUUAUAAAAGCCUUCUCAGUUUUUCAGCAGAAA